AUGGCAACAGCCGUACCAAAAAAUGUUUCGCCAUUAAUCCGUGCCGGCCGUUGGAGUUUAUUAUUAGCUGGUCUUGUCUAUGGCCGUGUACACCAUAAUACUGUAAAGAAACGUGAAGAGCACGCUCGACAACAUGAAAUCGAUCACGUCACUCAACAUGCUAUUGAUCAAUUAGCAGAACAGAAGAUCAAAGCUGAGCAAUCCAUGAUUGACUUGGCUAUUGCUGCUGGUAUUGAUCCAAACAAAUCGAAGACAAAACACUGA